GAAACUGUAUUUGUGAGCUGAUAGACUGACAGAUUUCUUUUGGUUUAAUUUGUUUUCAUUGCUAUUCGGUCAGAGUUUCGGUUUUAUCGGUUGGCUAUUGCUCUGCUUUUGCUUUUAUAAAAAAAAAGAAACUGCAACGCUCUGCACUAAAAAUUCAAAAUUUCUUUAAUAAAUUUAAUAUCAGUACGUACAUAUAUUGGCAAUUGCACAAUUGAAGUAAAUUUGCUACUCAAUCACUUUGGCGUUUAUAUAGAGCUCCAAAAUCCAGACAGAAACUACAAGUGAGGUGCUGCGUGCUUGCGAAGUUUAGUUGGUGCAUUGAGUUGGUCGUGGAAAGAUUGUGGUACUUGCCUACUAAAUUACCUAAACUAAGUUCGUUGAUUUCCUGAGCGGUCGCGCGGUUUGCUGCAAAAAUACAAAAUGUCAAAUCAAAGUGAAGCGAAAGUGGCGAUAGCUGCGCCGGUAGCAGCAAAACCAGUAGCAGCUGAAGUAGUAGCACCUAUUCCAAAUGGUUUGAAAUUCUUGUUUGGCGGUCUUGCUGGCAUGGGCGCCACCUGCAUUGUCCAGCCACUAGAUUUGGUUAAGACAAGAAUGCAAAUAUCUGGUGCUGGUGGUGGUAAGAAGGAAUAUCGUAACUCAUUCCACUGCAUACAGACAGUAGUGAAAAAUGAAGGCCCAUUGGGUUUGUAUAGAGGUAUCGGUGCUGCUUUGUUACGUCAGGCUACAUAUACUACCGGUAGACUUGGCGUCUACACCUAUUUGGUGGAUAUCUUCCAAACAAAAUUCCAACGUUCACCCGGUGUAGUUGACAGCAUGGCAAUGGGUGUGAUAGCUGGCGCUUGUGGUGCCUUUAUUGGUACACCAGCUGAGGUAGCUUUAAUUCGCAUGGCCAGUGAUGGACGUUUGCCGCCAGCUGAAAGACGCAACUACACCAAUGUGGUUAAUGCGUUGACACGUAUAGUGCGUGAGGAAGGUGUUACCGCAUUAUGGCGUGGCAGUAUCCCUACUAUGGGACGCGCUAUGGUGGUGAAUAUGACACAACUUGCUUCAUACUCACAAUUUAAGACCUACUUCAAAAAUGGCCCACUCAAAAUGGAAGAAGGCAUUGCUCUACAUUUCUGUGCAAGUAUGUUGAGUGGCCUGCUGACUACUAUCACCUCUAUGCCGCUAGACAUCGCCAAGACACGUAUACAGAAUAUGAAGACAGCUGAAGGUGCGAAACCAGAAUAUCGCGGCACUGUCGAUGUAUUAAUGAAGGUGGCACGUCAAGAAGGUGUGCUUGCUUUGUGGAAAGGUUUCACACCAUACUUCUGUCGCUUGGGACCACAUACUGUAUUGACCUUCAUCUUCCUGGAGCAAAUGAACCAAGCAUAUCGUGAUUAUGCUAAACGAAACAGCGAAAAAUCAAGUGGAUUGUGAUGUAAUCAUAUCGACAGCUAGUGGUGCGUGUGCGCCUUUUGUUGUUUUUUGUUUGCUGCGACUAAGUAAAUAUCUAUAUAUAACGUUGCCUAUAUUCCAGUAACGAAGUGCAAAUAUUCACAUGCUAGUAGCUAAAAAUUGUCUGCGAAAAACAAAGACUCGAACUAUUUGUAUACAUAUAAUUAAUUUUGCAAACAAUUGUACAACGGAUCUUCAAAUAAUUGUGAAAAAUAUUAAGUAAAAUAACAUGUGUAUGUAUUAAAAUUUUAGUUUGUUGUAUUGAGCGGCAUAAAAGCAGAAAAGUGAAUAAAUGCUUAAUUGAUUUAUGUACAUAUGUAUGCAUGUAGUUGUAAAUUGCACAAUGAAUUAGCGCAAAACGCGGAAACAAGCAUUAAUAAUAAUAAGUACAAAAUUGUAACAAGAAUAUAAUUAUUAUUGUUGUUUAUGUUAUAAAGCAUCCAACAUUUGUUAACUAUAUCGAUUAUUACAUACACAAUAUCUAAAUACAUAAGUGAAUUGUACAUUUUAUUUUGUAAAUUUUUUGUGUAGUUAUAACAAAAUGCACAUGUAUAUACAUACCUACAUACAUAUACAAAUAUAUCGAAAUGCCACUUAAGAGCAUCAUAGACUUUGCGCAAAUAAAAAAAGAAAUAUGUUGUCAAUUUAAUUUGUAAAAACUGGAAGGACUAAAACCCCGAUAUUUAGACAAUAAUAUAUAAACUGUUAUAAUCGAAAACAAA